UCCCCUUCUGUCCUGUUCAUCACUGCUAGGGAACCAUCUCCCACCCAAGCCCACUCAGAGCUAACUGCUGCCAUGAAACUGCUGAACCACUGCUUGAAGGAGGGGAGGGACUUGCCCUUACCUUAUAAACAUGCCCUAUAUAACUGGGAUUGCAGUGCAUGUUGAGAAAUGUGGUCCACAUCAUGAUCUGGCAAUUGAGGUACUUUGGUCCCAAUAAUGUCUGAGGAUGCUGGCAUCUAACAAUAGUAGACCUAGGAUUUAAAUGGAGAGUCAGAAGACCAUCAUGCACAGACUUGGCUCCAAACUUUGUGUUAGCAAUGGGGAUAGGGGACAACGGGCCAAAGAGGCUCUAAGUACAAUGGGAGCUUCUGUGUUCAGUGGAAUCACGCUGACGAAACUUGUUGGAGUGAUUGUCCUACGCUUUGCACGAUCAGAAAUUUUUGUGGUUUAUUAUUUCCAAAUGUAUCUCGCGUUGGUCCUGAUCGGGUUCUUACAUGGGCUUGUCUUUCUGCCUGUGGUGUUGAGCAUGUUCGGUCCUCCUUCAAGGUAUGUACUUGUUGAAAAGAAUCAAGAUGACCAGCCGACAACUUCACAGCUGACUUGAUCAUAUUCACAGCCAAUCACAAAUAUUUUCAUCAGCAAACAUUUCGUGUCAAGGAAGCUUUUCCUCUGUAAUUGGAUGAAUUGUAAAUGUCCAAACUCUAAUUUAAUAUAUGAUUUUGUUUCCAUUUUGUUACAUGCAAUGGGAAUUCUCCGAUGUUUGCCAU